GUACUGAGUUUGUGCUGUGAAGCUUGCAAGAAAAUAAUUUUUCACGUUCCUUCUGAGCUAGAGGCUGACACGUUAGUUGGCAGAGUUGAUUUGAAAGAAUGCCUGCAGUCUGCAGACUUUAUCAGUUCCAGUGAUGGGAACUUCAAAAUUCUGGAGGAUGGUUCUGUGUACACAACAUCUGCUGUUUCUUUGUCUGCUGAGAAAAAGACUUUUACCAUAUUACUUAAAGACAUUCAAGAACAUGUGCAAAAGAAAAUACAUGUUAGCUUGGUGGAAGAAGAAAAAAGGAAGACCAGACAUGCAAGAGAUACAGUUCUCAAGCGAACCAAAAGAAGGUGGGGCCCAAUUCCAUCCGUUAUGUUAGAGAACUCGCUGGGACCUUUUCCACUACAAAUUCAGCAGGUCCAGUCAGACACAGCUCAGAACUACACCAUUUAUUAUUCUGCAAGUGGACCGGGAAUUGAUCAAGAUCCAAAGGGUUUGUUUUACAUGGAAAGAGAAACUGGAAAUAUCUUUGCUACUCGUGCAGUAGACCGUGAACAAUAUCCAAGCUUUCAGAUCAUUUGCUUUGCAACCACUCCAGAUGGUUAUUCACCAGAGGUACCACUUGUGCAUACAAUCAAGAUAGAGGAUGAUAAUGAUAAUGCUCCAUAUUUUACACAGGAAGUUUUUCAUUUUUCUGUUCCUGAAAAUUCCAAACCUGGUAUAGGUAUUGGAAAAAUGACUGCAGAGGACAGAGAUGAGCCUUUUACUCUGCAUACUACCUUGAAAUACCGCAUUGUGUCACAAAAUCCACCAGUACCCCCAGCAUUUUCUUUACAUGGUGACACAGGUGUCAUUUCUGUAUCAUCACCGCAACUGGAUAGAGAGCUGGUACCCAGUUACACUUUGUUAGUUGAAGUGAGAGAUAUGGCGGGUCAGCCUUUUGGUUUGUGCACUACAGGAACAGCUAUCAUUAAAAUCGAAGACACAAAUGACAAUGCACCAUCCUUUAAACAGAUGCAAUAUGAAGCGCGAGUGGAGGAAAACAGAGUGAAUGUAGAAAUACUGAGAGUCUCUGUUGUUGAUCUUGAUGAACCUGGUUUGCCUGGCUCAAGAGCAGUGUAUGAAAUUAUAAGAGGAAAUGAUGAUCGGUCCUUUGAAAUUACAACAGACAAAAAUACAAAUGAAGGAAUACUGUGUGUUGUUAAGGGACUGGACUAUGAAAGCGCCAAGCAAAGGAUAAUUGUGAUUACAGCCAGGAACGAGGCACCCUACAUGCUGGCACCACAUUCGCAACAACUUUCCCAGAGCACCAGCUCUGUUACAGUGCAUGUCCUGGAUGUGGAUGAGGGGCCAGUGUUUAAACCCUGUCACUUACGCCUAGACGUUAAAGAAUGCGAGGAGAUUGGGACGAAUAUUGGGAGAUACCUAGCAGAAGAUCCAGAAACUGGAAAUAGUGAAGGCAUAUGCUACCGGAUAGCACCUGGCCAGUGUAAUUGGAUCAGCAUAGAUGAAAAAUCGGGUGAAGUCAGAACCACUAAAGUCUUGGACCGAGAUGUAGCAGAAAUGAAACGAGGUCAAUGCAAUAUCACAGUCCUCGCAAUAGACAGAAAUGGCAAAACAGGCACUGGAACAAUUCAGGUUGUCAUCCGGCCUGGGAACAAGAAUUACCCACGAAUCAUUAAAACUGACUAUAUAAUGUGCAGAGACAGAAAACCGAUCUGCCUUACUGCACAGGAUGGUGAUGAGUCUCCUUACAGCGCACCCUUCGUGUUCCGCAUAACUGACCGUGACAUGGCUUCCAUGUGGAAGAUAAGUCGACACAAUGAUAAUUCUGUGUAUCUUUCACCAAAGGGUGAUACUCCAUUAGGAAUAUACACUAUUCCUGUAAGUGUGACUGAUAGCGGAGGAAAGGUAGGAGAGCACCGCAUAAACGUUAACUUAUGUGAUUGCGUUACUCCAACCGAAUGCAAUGGCAGUAAGCGUGACCUUGAUAAUGGAAAUGUUACUCUUGGUGUAUGGGCCAUCCUUGCAAUGAUCUUAGGAUCCCUAUUACUGCUGCUAAUCCUCAUCACAAUUUGCGGCUGCUGUGGCUCUGGGGUAAUGCACAGGCAUGUGACUGAUGAUUGUGCCAAUCACAACUUGAUCAUUUCAAAUACAGAAGCUCCAGGAGAAGAAGUGAUG